AUGACAGGCAAAAGACGAAGAAGCUCGGAGACCACUCCCUCCGCAGCCAACGAUUUCAGCUUGCAAAAUUUGAUUCGAAGAGCUGAUCGCGGACUCGCGGGUCGACUACCGGAGCCCGGUCCUCAUGCAGACGUCUACUUCCGUAACCUCUACUCGACGGAACCUGACUUUGGGAAGCUAGGCCGCCAAGACCCAAAAUUUGGCACUCUGCUCAAACGUGGAAAUCUUGAUUUCAAUGAUCCAUCUGCCGUAAUGCAGCUCACAAAGACGCUACUGAAAGCUGACUUUGGGCUGGAUAUUGAGCUACCCGACGAUCGUUUGUGUCCGCCAGUACCAAACCGCCACAAUUACCUUCUUUGGCUCAAGACCCUACUAGAUAGCACUACCUACAGUGAUCCGGAUCAGAAAAUCCUCGGGCUCGAUAUCGGCACCGGAGCAAGCUGUAUCUACCCGCUUCUGGGAUGUACCCAGCGGAAAUGGUCCUUCUUCGCAACGGACAUUGACUCAAAGAGUCUGAAAUUCGCCGAAAAGAACGUAGAGUUGAAUAACCUUCAAAGUCGCAUCUCCAUCAUUGCUCGUGCACCUCAAGAUCCCAUGAUCCCUUUGGCCGCUUUGGGCACAGAGUCGCUCACCUUCGUCAUGACGAAUCCCCCAUUCUACACAUCCGAAGACGACCUCCUCAACUCGGCGAAGCAAAAGUCGCGCCCUCCUCUGACGGCAUGCACCGGCGCCCCAGUGGAGAUGGUGACAGACGGCGGCGAAGUCAAGUUCGUGUCCAAGAUCCUUGAGGAAUCACUCAUCCUGCGCGAGAGGGUCCAAUGGUACACGUCCAUGUUUGGGAAACAAUCGAGCCUCGAGGAGUUUAUCGCAAUUUUGAAAGAGAAGAGCAUCGAUAACUACGCAGUGACGGAAUUUGUUCAAGGUAACAAAACAAGACGGUGGGCCGUCGCGUGGAGCUUCGGUACGAUGAGGCCGUCAGAGGAGACCGCGAGGGGGAUGAAGGCUGCAAUUUGGAAGAAGCUGCUCCCUCCGAGUGUGGAAUCUGAAGUCACUGCAUUCCCGCUUGGCACAGAGAUAGGGAAGCUGCAAGAUAAGAUCCAAGAGCUCAUGUCUUCAUUGGAACUGGUCUCCUGGGAAUGGGACCGUCAGAAUCUUCUCGGUAUCGGCAGGGCGCGAGAGAACGUGUGGAGUCGCGCCUGGAGACGGAAGAAGAUGCGGGAGGAACGAGAGGGCAAGGCUGCCGUCGAGGGGUUGUUGAACUCUGAGGUAUGCAAGUUUGGUUUCGAGAUUGCGCUGGAUGUUGGACGAGAGAGAACCAUCCUAUGGUGCCGGUGGAGGGAGGGGCAUGAUCAGGCACUCUUUGACAGCUUCGGUGGUUUUCUCAAGACUCGCGUGGCCUUGUGA